AUGCGGUCGGACAUGUUCUGGAACACGGGGUUGGCUCGUAAGAGAGUCGCACGAUAUGAACCGGAUGGGACGGUGGGUCUUGGACCUGCAGGGCCGCUAGGUCCGUCCGGUCCACCAGGGCCUCCCGGUCCUCCUGGGCCCCCCGGACCACCCGGACCGCCAGGAGUGCCUGGGGAGCCUGGAGUGCCGGGAGUGCCUGGUGUUCCUGGGCCGGUUGGUCUUACUGGCCCACCAGGGCCCCCUGGUCCAGUCGGUCUAGUUGGUCCUCCAGGCCCACCCGGACCACCGGGGCAUCCGGGGCCUCCGGGUCCUCCGGGGCCACCAGGGCUACCGGGGCUGCCUGGUUGA